CAGCGUCGUAGACUACAAUACCGUCUAUUAAUAAUGUUUUACGUUAAUCUUUACUGGAAACGGGAGAAAAUAUUUUAAAUUUUGAGACUACCAGCGAGCACCAUGUUCGGUCUGUUACAGAUCAUAUACAGAGCCUGCUCCGACUGGAACAAUGGCCACGUCAAAACACUGAAACAGAAUCACAAAGACAUUCACUAGACAUCGAACUUGUAUAUUUGCAUGAUGCAGCGAAAGAAAACGUGUUUGAGACCUAAUUACGUCAAGAAGAUUUUAAUUCUAACUGCAGGAGGAAAAUUUUUAUUGGAGAAAGUUACGCCACUGAUUCCCGCAAACACGUCUAAGAACACGUGGUGUUGUAUAAUACAGGUAUAUGACAGCUGGACAUGUGUACCACAAGGGGAAAAUUCGUCUACAUUCCUCCAAUAUGGAUACCUAAAGAUCUAGUAAAGUGUUGAAGGAUUUAAAAGACAAUGCGUUGUAACCGAAAAUGGCAAGUGUGAACGUGACGGAACGUGUCAGUAAAGCCGCGAACACAUUUAUCCGGCUUUUUUCCCUUCCGCACACGUUAUCUGUCGUCCGUCGUCCGUUUUGUACGAACACACCUAUCAUGUGUUUACGCAAGUUCGUACGAGAACAUAACAAUGCAAAUAGUUCGAAACAAAAAAAAUCUCCGUAAUUAUCUGACAUGUCGAAAUUUCUACAACUCUGUUACAACACUGAUGAUGAUCUGGUGAUGUAUUGCUACUGUACUGAGGCCUAAUUCACAAAGGUCUCUUAGGCUCUGCUAGACAACAAAGCAUCCUCUUUGUAAGUCUUUUAGCAUUGCGCUGCGAGAUAGCAAAGUUGCGAGAGUUUAGUGAAUUAGGCGCCAUGUAUAGAAAAAAGAUUAAUGUGUUUGCGGCUUAACAGACGCGCAGUCAUCCGCUUCUCCGAACGAACACGUGCUCAUCAAAUAUAAGAGAAACAACGGACUUACCUUCCGCAUUCCAAUGCACAUUCCAAUUUUGUUUAAGAUGAAGUCAGACGUGAGUCCGUGCUCUCUUGAGUUACCCCCCCACCUGGGGGGACUUAUAGCAACAUAUGGAAUGUUGUUGGAGUACCGCGUCGCGUACACCGGGUCACGGGCAACCGUGACUUUGGUGUACGGCGACCUGGUCCCAACCAAGACUAGGAGGACGAGGAAGAAGAGGAGAAACCCGCCAGGAACGGUUCGGGGGGGGGGGGGGGCCAACCCCGGUGGCUAAACCACCGGCAGCGGCUCCUUCUGCUUCGCCGUUUCCUGGAGUUUCCACCGGAAAGAAGGAAGGGAAGCCAGUUCCGACCGGCCCAGCUCCCGCUCCGGAGGCGGUCCGAGACGAGGCUAGUAUUACUAGGACUCCGGCUCGUUCCAGCACUUCGCCUCUCCAUACUAUGGAUAGUAUUGACGUGUCACCAAUUCUACCGGUGUCACCAAUGGCUAUCCCGGACCGCCAAGGAGCUGUUGGGAAGCGCAAGGCAGAGGUGGCGACCACUGUAUCAACCACAAGAACUCCACCAAAACAACCUCCGCCACCACCAGAAGGUGCAGAGUCCGGCGAAUCCAUGGACUCCUGGACUCUGCACGGGAAACUGGAUCGCCGUUAUUCCAAGUGCGCUGUCGUCGAUGUCCUGGACACCAAGCACCUCUUGGCAGCGCCCCGUUGCCGGAACUUUGAGGAUAUCCCGAACACAGACGGCGAAUACGAGAUGCACCCGGUGACCUUUAAGGAUGGGAGGUCGGCUGUGAGUAUUACUCAUCACCUGGACAACCGCUACAGCCAGGCUCUACUGUUUGCUGAGAUGGACAACAUAUCGAUUCAUCGCCUGAUGAAGAAGGUGUUCCACAAACAGUAUCCUGUGAUCACUAGACUGCUAGCGAAGCCGGAUAUACACCAGCUGAUCCCCCAUCUAGACACCAGGGUGUGGCUCUCCUCCCCCUAGUCAACCUUUCCUCCGUGAGUACUAACCUCUUUUAUUGGGCUAGUUAGACUUUAAACGUUUUGGAAGCAGUUCUAAAUUCUUAUGUUUAUUUUUUUAUAAAUAGUCUAACGCAUUUUAUUUUGGCGCCCGUUCAAUUGCUCAAAAUCACC